UCUGUCUCUUUGUUGUGAGCCCAGGACAGCAAAGUUUGUUGCUUGCCACCAGCCUUGCAGAGCUUGGACUGAACACUAGGAAGGCAGCAGAAAGAGAAAGUCGGUGCAGACUCCCACUGGAGCCCUUGGCCUCCUUCUCUUCCCAAACUGAGAAGGAGAGAGACUUUUGCCAGCGCUGCACUGAACUCCAAGGGUUCCCCAAUGAGAGCGACUUGCUGGAUCCUGGCAGGCUUUUGCUUGCUUUUCUGCUGCAAGGCAGAAGAAGGACUGAAUUUCCCCACGUAUGAUGGGAAAGACCGAGUGAUCGACCUGAACGAGAAGAACUACAAGCAUGCCCUGAAGAAGUAUGACAUGCUUUGUCUGCUCUUCCAUGAGCCCGUGAGCUCUGACAGGGUGUCCCAGAAGCAGUUCCAGAUGACAGAGAUGGUCCUGGAGCUGGCAGCUCAGGUCCUGGAGCCUAGGAGCAUCGGCUUUGGGAUGGUGGAUUCCAAGAAGGAUGCCAAACUCGCCAAAAAGCUAGGCUUGGUUGAGGAGGGAAGUCUCUAUGUCUUUAAGGAGGAACGGUUGAUUGAAUUUGACGGGGAACUGGCCACGGAUGUCUUGGUGGAAUUCCUCUUGGAUUUGCUAGAAGACCCUGUUGAAAUCAUAAACAGCAAGCUGGAGCUUCAAGCCUUUGACCAAAUUGAUGACGAAAUCAAACUGAUCGGCUACUUCAAAGGAGAAGACUCUGAACAUUACAAGGCAUUUGAAGAGGCUGCUGAACACUUCCAACCAUACAUCAAAUUCUUUGCCACAUUUGACAAAGGGGUUGCUAAGAAACUGGGUCUGAAGAUGAACGAGGUGGACUUCUAUGAACCAUUCAUGGAUGAUCCUGUUCACAUCCCCGAUAAACCUUACACAGAAGAGGAGCUGGUUGAAUUUGUGAAGGAGCACAAAAGAGCCACCUUGCGGAAGCUGCGCCCAGAAGAUAUGUUUGAGACAUGGGAAGAUGACAUGGAAGGAAUCCAUAUCGUGGCCUUUGCUGAAGAAGAUGACCCAGACGGCUUUGAGUUCCUGGAAAUCCUGAAGCAGGUUGCCAGGGACAACACUGAUAAUCCUGACCUGAGCAUUGUGUGGAUCGACCCUGACGACUUUCCUCUGCUUAUCACUUACUGGGAGAAGACCUUCAAGAUUGACCUGUUCAGGCCGCAGAUUGGGAUUGUGAAUGUCACAGACGCUGAUAGUGUCUGGAUGGAGAUCAGAGACGAUGAUGACCUGCCCACAGCCGAGGAGUUGGAGGACUGGAUAGAGGACGUGCUUUCUGGGAAGAUAAAUACUGAAGAUGAUGAUGAUGAUGAUGACGAUGAUGAUGACGACGAUGACGACGAUGAUGAUGACGACGAUGACGACGACGAUGAUGAUGACGAUGAUGAUGAUGACUAACUGUGACUCUGUACAGUUUGACUUGUGGAGGCUGAGAGGCCUCCCCCUGUGGCAGGUCCCUUCAUCAGAAGACCUGUGUUUGAGCGUCAGCAAGCACCGCCUGCUCCUCCUUUCCCCCUUGCCCCGCUCCCCCUGCCCCUGCUGGGACUCCCGGCCUGAUUCUCAGAGGUGCUGAGCCACCAGGACUGCCACCUUGGUGGGUGGCACCAGCAGGUGCCCAGCACCGCUGUAAAUCAUGCCUCCGUAGAAAGGACAAUAGGAAUCUGUAGGGAACCUGCCCCAGUGCCCAGUGCAGGAGGAAAGCACCUGCAUGCUCACUGCCGGAGGGAUACAGGGAGCCAGUUUGUAUUUUCCAUGCUCAUCAGCCCAUCAGUACAUCCAAAGACCAAAUCUCACUCGAUACAGAGGGAAGGUCACUGUAAAGUUUAGUCCUUUCAUUAAACAAAAUGCCCUUUGCAGCUACUCUGCCAAGACCACUGGAUCCUGAUAGUUCUGCUAUAGGAGUGUAAAGCUACUUGUUAACAUACUAGAAGCAGCAGAACAUUUGAGGGGGGGAAGACAGUUCUAGGAACGCUAAUUAGUGUUCCUAAAAUAAUUUUUAGUGUCAUAAAAUGACAGUAUCUGACAGAGGAUACAAAACCCAACACCACAGUCCCUAUCUGACACGCUUUCUUCAAGCAAAAAAUAGAGUAAGUGCAGGUGGUUUUAGAUGGGACAGUACAGCUUGCAAGUUCUUGAGCUUGGAAGUUUCUGAAUGCUGGAAAGGCUGAUGCAAGUAUGAGUCCAGACUCUUGAGGAUGAAGAUCACUGCACUGAGCCUGACUGUUGGUUCUUAAUCUUGGGGAAACACCGGAGCUGACCUCAGGCCAGUUCCAAACAUCUGCAGGCAGGUCCGGGCUGAAGUGGUGAAUGAAAUAGCACACUUCUGCCUAUAGAAACCUUCAUAGGGGCUCACCCUGAAGCCUUCCUAUUCCCCAUGACCUUCCAGCUUUAGGUGAGUUUUAACCAAAAUUCCAUGUAGCAUCUUUUCCCAUGACCAAGGUGUUAGGAAGGAACAUAUCCAUCCAACCAUACUAGAUGCUGGAUUAAGUGAGUUGGGCAAUGAGCAACGAAAGCAUUCAAGCUGGUCAACUUUUACAUAUUCAGUUGCAAAUUCAAUUCCUGCUUAAAGACUUGGAUGUCCCACGGUAGCCUGUGAGAAGCCUCUUCCACACUGAGGUGGAGCUCAUGGCAUCAGCUUGCAGCAAAGGGGGCCAUGAGGUAAAGGGCCAGUGACUGAGUCCCAGUGAGUGCCGCUCCAUCCAUGUGCAGGUCACUUCAACAGCAUUAGGUCUCCCUGCUUUCCCAUGCCAGCAGAUUUCAAUUGUCUUAGCUUCUUAGGUUUGACAAUAGUGCAAUGAAUGGAGAGCUUGGAGAUGCUUUAUCUUUAUAAAUACUUUAUAAAUAUGUUUUCCAGUAAUUCAGACAGUAGCAGAGGUGGGAUGUACAUGUCCUCUCCUGAAACAAUCCAAAAACAUUGUUCUGGUCUUUCUUAAGAAAACUGGCUUAUGUCAGAGAUAAGUGAUGUUAGUGGAAAUAAUAGUGCAAGGAACAAGAGAUUCAGUGCACGCUGUAUGAAAAUGAAUCAGCCUGACGAGAAACAAGGUUUACACACCAUAUAUUUCCUUCAUUGGAUAAGCUGCAAAGCAAGAUUUUAUAGAUUUCUUUUUCUCCUUUAUGUUGGUCA